AUGCGACGGUGCCAUGGAGCUUUUCCGUUCACAUGCAAGGUCAACUCGUUGUCUUCUAGCAUGACAUACCGAAUGCUGCAGAAACGCGGCAUUUCACUCGUUGGGCCGGCGAGGAGCACUUUCCUCGCGCUGUAUCAAACCCAGCAGCAGCAGCGCAUGUGCGUGGGUGCCUGCCGUGACCCUGUCCGGAGCUUCUCUAGCACUCGAGGCCUACACGAAUCAAAAAAGCCGAGCGAUCAACUCGCCGGCUUCCGUGAGGUGAAAACGUACGAAGGGAAGGGUGAUGAGGAGGAGAAAGAGCAGGAUGAUCCUUUCUCAGCCAAUGCGGGACCUGGCUAUCUGCCCUUUCCUCCCCCUUUCCACACGUUCAAUGUGGUCAUGUUACUUUUUCUUGCCAACGUUGUCACAUAUCUUUUUAUGAACUUCUCUGGAAGCGACAACAUGCGGGACUUUAUCGUUGACCACUUCACACUGUCUCAUGAAAAUGCUUGGAAAAUUUAUCCACUGCUUACCAAUGCGUUUUAUCAGGAGAAUCUGCUACAGCUACUCAUCGAUUGCUGGCUGCUCUGGCAAUUUGGAAAUACAAUGCUGGGUUUUCUUGGGAAUACCCGCAUGACAUUUUUUGCGGCGCUUUGCACACUCGGUGGAAGUUUUAUUCAUUUGGCGCGUCAGCAGUUUGAGUUGUAUUACGGCAUGGACCCGUUGGAGGUGCGUGGAAGGUGCUACGGUCCGAAUCCAUUUAUUCUUGGUCUUGUUGCCGUGGAAGGUCUCAUAUUCCGACACCUCAAUUUUAUUCAGCAGCCACCCGUCCCAUUCCUAGUUCUCACUGCGUUUGUCAUGGUUAUAGACGUCUGGAGGAUUUUUACAACAAAGCCAGAGGAGCACGGCGCCUCGACAGGUGGGGCACUUGUAGCGUACGUCUUCUGGGCUCUUCCCACACGUAUGCUCGGCCUUGAUAAACUCACGGCUGCACUAUAG